GCAAACUCUGCCCCAUGGACUGGCUGUCGCACCGGGGAAAGUGCUACUGGGUCUCUAAAGAGAACGCCGGCUGGAACGCGAGCUGGGAUGACUGCUCAGCCAAAGGCGCUCACUUGCUGGUGAUCCAGGACUGGGAGGUGAUGGAGUUCCUGCACAACUUCACGCAGGGCCAAAUCCCCGCCUGGCUUGGGCUCAGGGUGACAUCCCCAGAGAAAAACUGGACCUGGGUGGACAAUUCCACGUGGAACCAAACUCUGUUCCCUGUUUCAGGCGCUGCUGACGUGAACAGCUGUGGGAUGAUCAAAGGCAAUCGGAUUCGCUCUGAAACGUGCACUGCUGAAUUCAGAUGGAUUUGCCAGAAGGAAGCUGUGUCUCUAUAACAUUAGAGACACUCA